AUGCUUUUCUUGGGGGCUCUUCUGCUCUGCCUUCAGAUCGUCGUGGGAACAACGACGUCGGCGUCAGGAUCCGCCACAACAACGUCCUCUGCAAGAGGCGACCCCGUCAUCACCGUUCCGCUAGCUGCCCUAAGUGGAGACAAGUUCUACAAUGCCUAUGUCAGCGAUGUGGCGGUGAGACUCGACUUGUUGCAACCAGACUUGUGGAUCCCCGACCCAAACUACCAGCUGUACUGUAACCGCAGUAACAGCUCAAACACAACGGCGACCUUGUCGUGUAACUCAGACGUUACCUCCCGAUACGGCGUCUUGUACGAGGAUUACACCACUACGUUCACCGACUCACAAGGCACCGCCACGGCCACCGUGGAUGUGGUGGAUCGCCUGGAGAACUACGUCUCCAUACCGUACCCAAACGGCAUCGCUGCCGAUGGCGAGGUGGCUAUGGCAGACCUCUACUUCGUGGACUCCCAGGAGGUGGUCUAUCCGUUGGAUCUGUUCAACUUUAUUUACGUUAACGACACGAAUAUGAUGGCUGGCGGCUUCGGCUUGGCCAACAACCCCAGAGGAACCGGCAUCUUGAACUACCUCUACAACGCCAACUUGAUCGAGAGCCGCGGUUACUCUGCUUUCCUUCUGCAUGACAACGUGGACGACGACGCCUACGGUGAGCUUUUGCUUGGUGGUGUCGACCGCUCCAUGUUUACGGGUGAUCUAGUUUCGUUCCCCGUGUUGCCCUACGAGGGCUUGGACUCUGGUUCGACUCUCCCCACAGUCCUCUUGACUGACCUUAAAGUGGUCAACUCCAACACUUCUCAGUCAGUGUCGCUUCUUUCGGGCAAAUCUGAGCCAGUGCUCCUCGACCCUCGCUUGUCUUUCAACUUUCUUCCGUUGGACGUCAUCAUCAGAUUAGCCCUCCAAGCAAAUGCAUUUUAUAACAAUGAGCGGGGCGAGUGGAUCGUCAAGUGCUCCGAUGUCGAGGAUUCCAACGCAGAAUUCCAUUACAAUUUCGGUCCUUUGACCAUCAAGGCGCCUUUGUCGUCGUUCCUUUACGGUAAUCUGAACGAUACCGGUUUAAGGUUCUCAAGCGGCUCAAAGGCGUGUCUACUCAAUGUGAGCCCUUCGUCAUACCUCGGCUACAGUUGCUUGGGUCUUCCAUUCUUGACGAACGCUUACUUCGUGAUGGACAACGACGGAGGCAACAUCGCCCUCGCUAACAAGAACACAGACCACGAGGUUGGCACUGAUCUUUACACAGACAUCAAAACAUCCACCUCUGACUACCUGUCAGGGUCAUCCGCUUCUUCAAGCCUGCCUUCUCUUAAUCCUUCUGCAUCAUUCAUCAAGUCAGGCAGCAUACCAUGGGCUACGAAAGUCAAUACCACCCAAACAGAUACAAUGACAUUCGGCUCAGCAAACUCCACAGCCGCAGAGGCCAUUUUGACGCGAUACUCACAAGCAUCUAUCAUCUCUGGUGAGGUCAUCGUGACAAGGGAACCUUCAUCAACCACUCGUUGUCAUCCACUGCUGCUGCAGGCCCAGGCAUAG